CCCGCAGGAGUAGGUCCUUUGUGCAGGAGGUCUUCAUCCUUGGAUGAUUAACGUCUAUCACGCUACGCUGAUGUAAGAUUCAUUUUUAGACGUCAGUUUUGUUUCCUUUUCGGACUCGAGCCUGAUCAAGACCCAGCGAUGACGAUAACCACUGUAAGGUGAAGGCGGAACUGUCCAUGAACGAGCCUUGGUCUUCUUUCCUGACGGUUUGACACAAGAUGUGGCGAGUGCGGUUGGUAUUGGCAGCAACACUGGUGGCACUUUUUGGAGCAGCCCGUGGCCAGUGCGGCGGGACCCUGUCAGAAGAGACGGGGGAACUGAUCAGCCCGGGGUUUCCCACCGGCUACCCGAGCAACUCCGAGUGCACCUGGAUCAUCCGCGGGGACGUCGAGGACACCAUCCUCAUCUUCUUCGACAGUUUUAACGUGGAGGCAGACGACAGCUGCAGAUAUGACUACCUGAGAUUCACAAUCGACGGUCAGACGGGAGACCGGCUGUGCGGGGCGGGGUUCUCGGAGUUUGAGAACAUCACGGUAACCGGGGAGAUCCUGGUGUUCUUCAAGAGCGACGGGACCGUCAACAUGCCGGGCUUCAGGCUCAUCUACAGAAUUGUCAGCCCCACGACCACUACUACGCCUGCGCCGACAACAACAACCAUCACGACAGCUCAGCGCGCCGAGUCAGGACAACCGGCGCAGCCUGGAGACUGCAGUGACCCGGGAACUCCGCCGGAUGGCAGUCGUGAGCUGUCGUCCCUCGCGCCCGGCAGCACCGCGACUUUCACCUGCAACGACGGGUUCGUCUUGGUGGGCGCCGCCACGCUCACGUGCCUGGACACCGGCCAGUGGGACGCCAGUCGCCCGACCUGCUCGGCCAGCGGCAGCGGCCAGCCCCCGGGAAGCGGACACUGCAGCAACCCUGGCCUGCCGACUAACGGCCUGUCCGUGCUGAGUGACGUGCAGUUCCGCCAGGGGGACAGUAUCCAGUUCUACUGUGACGACGGCUACGAGCUGACGGGGUCCUCCGAGCUGCUGUGUGACGGCUCAGGGUCGUGGUCGGCACAGCUGCCCGUGUGUGUCCCUGACGGUACGCUGACCGCCGGCACGCCGACCUGGGCGAUAGCCUGCAUCGCAGUGGGCGCCGUGGUGGGGCUGGGCAUCAUCGCCGCCAUCCUGUACAUGCUCAUCAAGACGCCACCAAAGGCCGUGCGCGGAGGAACGGGACAGGUCAUCCCGCUGUAAGACUGGAGCUGCCGAGAAUACAGCCCAACUAUGUGUACAUAUCUUUACUUUGUAAUCAUUAUGUUAUAAAACAUUUAUUCACAAAUAGCGCACCCAUUGUCAUUUCCGUCUAUACAUGUAAAAAUCUCUCACCUGUAUUCGUAGCGGAUGGUUGAAUACAAUAACUUCCAAGAAGACCUUUCGGUAGCCAAUAUACGAUUCAAUGCGCAAGACAAUUGAUAACCAAAGUCGAUGGAAUACUGUCUUGGCCGCCGAAAGAUCCGCUUGGUGAUCAGAAAUCAAGAUUGCUAUCACAUGAUGAUGGGAUAGAAUAGAAGUAGUGAUCUAACACUUGGAGUUGCUUCUUGUAAAUAUUGAUUUCCUCACCCACAAUCACAUCUAUUCGGAUGAGUCUUUAGCGACAGCAACGUACCUUCCAAAAAUAUACUAUUAUUGUACGAUGUAGUUCAAAAGCUUUCGUCCAAUGUCAUUCUCAACUGUGUACGUGAUCGUAUAGCUAGGCGUCUAUGUCGCUACCCUGGCUGUCAAUCCUAACUUUGUACUCAUCCUAUUUUCGGAUAUCAUCAGCAAUGUUCAUUCCAUAUCGUGCAUUGCCACUCAAGUGUUGUCAAAUAUGAGUAGUUGAAAUGAAAUUUGGACACUAAAAAUCUGGCACUGAUAAACCGACAAAACAAUGCACCUCAACCACAGGUCUUUUGAGAUUUUUUGUAUGUUUGAUACCCACUUACAGAUUUUGUUUACUUUGGUAAAAUUGUGGAAUGUUUUCACCCACCAUUUUGGAGUACUUGAAUAUUUCUACAACAAUGUUGAUUGUUUUGCCCUGGGCUUUACGUCGUCUAUAUGUUUGUACGAACUUCUGUCAUUAUUUCUUUUGAUGUACGAAUAAAUACAUUUUCUUUCAUUGUGUCGAGAAAAUAUAGUUGUAUGAUGUAGAUCUUAUACCUUCCCGUUCAGUCUCUGUGAAUAUUUCCCAGUAUGAAUGUUUAGUGAAGUAUGAUUUUUUUCUCUUUGCGCAACAGUGGCUGUAGUUGAUAACUAGAGCGAAUGGAAGAUGAUACACGAACUUCCUUACAAAUUGACUUAUACAAGACACGGUGCACGGUUGCACCGGAUUCGUAUUGGGCGUAAUAUGGCAAAAAUGUUUUGUUUAUUUCAGUUUAAUCUUGCUUGACAACCAGGCCGCUCAGCCUAUAUCGAUAAACAUAUAAACAAAUAUUUACAGGUAUCUUACAUUUUAAACAUAACGGCCAUUUUAUUGGCACUGAUUAAAACAAAAUUACGAAUAAUAUAUAUGUAUUACUUUUAGGAUAAGGCCCAAGUUAUCCAACGCGUUUCUGAGCAACACCUAGUUAAAUUUCAUUGACAACGUCUCCUAGGCCAGAUCAGACUGACUUAAUUUUAUGGGCAGG